AAAUUAAUAAAAACAAAAAAGGGCACUGAGUUCAUACUGUUUAGGAGCUGCGCCGACUGUCGAGUUCUUAAUAUCAUGCCCAUUUUCUGGACAAAACCCUAAUUUCCUUUGAUUCUUCUUUUCAUUCGCUCCCAAUCUCCGCAGAUGCUGCGCGAAGACCCUAGAAACGGUGAGUCGGCUCACCGCAGCUCCAAAAAACCCAAACUUUCCUCCAAGUUUAUUACCGAGUCGGAUAUCCGUGACGAGUUCUCUCACCACCAGCCACGUGUCGCUCGCAUCAACAACGGGAGUUUUGGUAGCUGUCCCGGCUCGGUUCUUACUGCCCAACGCCAUUGGCAGCUGCAGUUCCUCUGCCAACCUGAUGCCUUUUACUUCAAUACCCUCCGUCACGGAAUAACGGCGUCACGGAAAAUCAUAAAGGACCUCAUAAACGCCGACCACGUCGAAGAGGUCUCCCUCGUCGAUAACGCCACAACCGCCGCUGCCAUCGUCCUCCAACGGAUCGGUCGUAGUUUCGCCGAAGGGAAGUUCCAGAAAAACGACACGGUUUUAAUGCUCCACUGCGCGUUUCAGGCUGUUAAAAAAUCAAUCCAAGCGUAUGUCACUCGCGCCGGUGGCUCCGUUAUCGAGGUACGGUUACCAUUCCCAGUAAAUUCCGAGGAAGAAAUCGUUUUCGAAUUCAAAAAAUCAAUCGAGGAAGGAAAAUCCAAUGGUAGAAAGAUAAGGCUAGCGAUUAUCGAUCAUAUUACAUCAAUGCCAUCUGUUGUUAUUCCGGUAAAAGAAUUAGUUAGGAUUUGUAGGGCGGAAGGAAUAGAGCAGGUUUUUGUAGACGCGGCACACGCAAUUGGGAGCGUGAAAGUAGAUGUCAAAGAAGUUGGAGCCGAUUUUUAUGUAAGCAAUUUACAUAAAUGGUUCUUCUGCCCGCCUUCUGUAGCAUUUCUGUAUUGUAAAAAAUCAACUUCAUCAUCUGAUGUGCAUCACCCUGUUGUUUCACAUGAGUAUGGAAAUGGAUUGCCGAUUGAAAGCUCCUGGAUCGGGACUAGGGAUUAUAGUUCUCAGUUAGUGGUUCCUGCAGUUUUGGAGUUUAUUAACAGGUUCGAAGGAGGGAUUGAUGGGAUAAUGAAGAGGAACCAUGAUGAAGUGGUGAAGAUGGGGAAGAUGUUGGCGGAGUCUUGGGGGACAAAUUUAGGGACUCCUCCAGAGAUGUCAGCUGCAAUGAUUAUGGUUGGUUUGCCUUCAAGGUUGUGUCUUAAUAGUGAGGAGGAUGCUGUGACAUUGAGGUCACAUUUGCGAGAUCGUUAUGAGGUCGAAGUUCCAAUCUUUCAUCAGGUUUCCAAGGACGGGGAAGAGGAAGUUAGAGAUAUGGGAAGGUUCAUUACAGGAUAUGUGAGAAUUUCUCAUCAGGUUUAUAAUACAUGGAAGGAUUAUGAGAAAUUAAGGGAUGCUAUUAAUCAGAUAGUUGAGGAUGGGAAAACAUGCAAAAUGCUUUAUACAGAAUGAAGAGUUCUUAAAGAACCAAACCAAAAAAAGAGAGCAAAGAGCAGUGCUGAAGAAAUUGUAUGUGCUUCUUGGAGCCUCAAAAGUGUUUUCAGAGAACCUCUGACCAAUCUUGUCUGACAUGUGACUUGAGCUUUGUUCUAUCAAUCCCUGUAGUUGGACAAUAAAUCUAUGAAAUCUAGCAUUUUUUAGCAGUUAACCUGCUUUCAACUGAA